CAAGUCCUGAGAUGUAGUCCUAAAACGAAAGUGGCCGUGGUGAAUCCGCACGAUUUUCCAUACGUCAUCAAUCAACCCGGUUUGUGUUCGGAUUCGAGAAGAUUCCUCAUCAUCUUCGUGACGUCCAGAGCCGUGGACGAGGACAAAAGACGAGCCAUUCGAGAAACUUGGGGUAGCAAGGAAGAACUGAAAAAAGUGGACACGGUUUUGGCCUUCGUCGUAGGAAACCCUGGACAAGAACGGCAGCAGAAACAACUGGAAGAGGAGAGCAAAAUCUAUAAAGAUAUUCUCCAAGAAGAUUUCGUCGACGUCUACUCCAACUUGACGCUGAAGACGGUCAUGGCUCUGAAAUGGACCACGCUCCACUGCAAGGGAGUAGAAUUUGUCAUGAAAACGGACAACGACAUUUUCGUCAACGUCCCUUAUCUGGUGGACUUCCUUAAGAACGUGAACAAAAGCAGAUGGAUCGCGGGUUGCGUUAAAGAUCACGCUAAACAGCCUUUUCGUAUGAAACACGGAAAAAUGGAGCACGUUCCGUCGUUAAUCAGACUGCAUCCCAUUUUCGUAGCGGGUGCGGGUUACGUCAUUUCGCGAGAUCUGGUAGAACCUUUGUAUCGGACAUCUCUGCGGACGAGAUACUACCCCAUAGAGGACGUUUACGUCACGGGAAAAUGUGCCAGGGCUAUUGGAGUGUAUCCGGAACACGACCAACGCUUCAGUUGCGGAGAACUGGUGACGCACAACUGCGCCAUGUUUACUAGAUUCACGGGACACAGAGUGACGCCCGAAAGACAACACUGGAUAUGGCAAGACCUGAAGCACUCGUGUAACCACGAACGUGUGUCGUGA